CCAGUGGUCCAAGUGCCCGGUGCCCUGGGCGGAGCCACGGCCAUCUGACCCCCAGAGGCACAGAUACACGCUCCCUGCUUGGGUUUCAUGGAUUCCCAGCCCAGCUGCGUGGUGGUGACUGGUCAUGAUCCACUUUAAUUUUUGUCCACGGUGCGAGACUGAGGUUGAGGAUUCAUGUUUUUGCCUUUGGGUAUCCUGUUGUUCCAGCCCCUUUUGUUGAAAAGGCCACCCUCCUCUGCUGAAUUGACUUUGCACCUCUCCUAGCAAACAACUGGGCAUAUUCACACAGGUUUUGGACCCUUCCGGAAGUACCUGGUGAAUUCCAGCUGGGAAGCAGUGAAGGAGCUGUCCAAGCUGGGCCUGAACAGUGACAUGGAGGUGGAGCUGCGGAUUCUCCAGCUACCUGUAGAUUACAGGGAGGUGAAGCAGAGGGUCACCAGAAUCUGGGAAGACCUUCAACCGCAAACGCAGUUCGCUGUGCACAUCGGCCUGGACGCCUCCGCCAAGGCAAUCGUUCUGGAGCAGUGCGCCAAGAACCGGGGCUACCGGGACGCGGACAUCCGGGGCUUCCGGCCGGCGCGCGGGGAGUGCCUUCCGGAUGGCCCGGAAGUGAUCGCGUCGGAGGUCAGCAUGAAGGCGGUGAGCAAGCGCGUAGAGGGCCACGUGGAGGGCGUGGAGGUGACCUUUUCUCGAGAUGCGGGCAGAUAUGUCUGCGAUUACACCUACUACCUGUCUUUGCAUCAUGGAAAUGGGUAUGCGGCACUCAUCCACGUGCCUCCGUUAUCCCGUUGGCUCCCAGCCAGCCUGCUGGGAAAAGCCCUGCAAGUCAUCAUCCAGGACAUGCUGGAGGAGCUGAGAAAGCCUGAGCUCAAAGCCUGGUUUGCAGAAAACUCAACAGCCGUGAUUCCAGCCCGGGGGAACCAAUUGGGGGACUGCUCCUUUGGAGAAAAUUAAAUGUUUCAAUCCUGUGUGCAGAGUUCAAGUGUGCUUUGAGAGACUUUUAAAAAAUGGCUUGUAAAACAGUUUACACAGAGGGAAAAAAGCUCUGAAUUAGCCCAACGAAAUCACAAAGGGUUAUUUUAUUGUCAGAAGAAAGAACACUCUGAAAGGCAGACAUUUCACAAGGGAUUAACUAGCUUCAGUUAUGGUUUUC